AUGCUCUACAAUGCCCUGAUUCGAACACACCACAUCACCUCGCGCAAGAAAGUCGCUGCCCUCAAACGCGCUGCCGACGUCCACCAAUGCUACGUGCUCUUGCGCUCCGGCGGCUGCCCGGGAAUUAUGUACGUCGAGGGCCGAGACAAAGUGCAGGUUGAGGGGUGGGUUGGGGUUGUGCGCAAAUUGCGAUAUAAGGAUUUUCAACUCGUCACACGGCCUGGUGCUUUGGAACCGGAGGGUGGACAGGGGGAGGGGAGGAAAGAGUUGGAUAUGGGGCUGGCCGAGGUUGAGAGUGUGAAGGAGUUUGGGAAUUGUAUGGAGAAGCGUGGAGUGUGGAAUUGGUGGAGAAAAGGGAUGGGGUAUGCUUGA